GCUGUGCUCCUGACAGACACACACAGACACACACAGACACACUCAGACACACACAGACUCAAUCAGGCUCAGUUCGGCUGCAAAACACAGAAUCCGCACAAAAUUACCGGAAGGAAGAGAUUUCUACUGAUUAAAGCAGAGGGCAUCGGCCUCGCUCCCCGGCUGCCAGGAUGAUGAGAAGCUGCCUGCAGUUCCUCAUCGAGCCAGCCAAGAAGCUGAAGAUCCGACUCAAGGAGACUCGUAAGAGAGUGAAACAGGAGAAGAAGGAGCCCCUGGUGGACAGUCAGUUGUUUAUCAUGGAGCUGACUCGAGAACUGAACAGAAUCUGCCAGAGGUCCAACAUCCUCACACACAUCUGGACAGGUGAGGACAUCUGGCCGGCCGGUGUGUGUCGUGACUUCAUCGUGGACUGGGCUGCGGUGCUGGAGAAACGAGUGCAGAACAAGAUCCUACCGUUCGAGUACCAGUACGAAAAACCAGAGAAACGGGACUGGAAGGGACACCUCCUCUGCAUGCUGGAGUCGGACUACGACCUGGGACCACACAAAAGGGUCAUCCUGGACUGGACACGAGAGAUUAAAAACAGGGCUCAGCCCACCGUGUGGCCAGGUGAGCCUGUCCUCAUGAUGCUGGACGACCUGGAGUUCCAGUGGAAGAGGGGUCGUCUGCCCAACCUGCUCCGAGCCGUGGACCUCAUCAUGCUGGCUGUACUGGAUGCUGACAGCCCAGUGAAGGAGGACGUGACCAAGCAGUGGCUGGUGACAAAGCAGAGGAGCCAAAGAGUUGAUGCUGAUGGUUACAUCCCUCACUGUGUGUGGAACUGGAUCUGUGAUGCAGCAGAGGACGUGACUCUGGACUCGGACUCCGCCCACCCGGGCCUGCUCAUUUCCAGCGAUGAGAAAGGCAUGAGGUGUGGCCUGGAGCGCCGCGAMGUCCCCGUGGGCCUGCAGCGCUUCGACGGCUGGUGGUGUGCCGUGGGCCAGCGGGGCUACACCAGUGGACGCCACUACUGGGAGGUGGAGGUGGGCGAGCGGGACUGGCGCCUGGGCGUGGCUAAAGCCUCAGCCGUCAGGCAGGGUUUCCGCUCCCUGAACACAGACACGGGCUACCUGACCRUCCGUCUGGAGAGAGGCUCAGACCUGAAGGCCCUGACGGUGCCCACCACUCCUUUACCACAACAGCUGGUGCCCAGGAAGGUGGGGGUCUACCUGGACUACGAGCAGGGCCAGCUGUCCUUCUACGACGUGGAGAAGCGCUCACAUGUGUUCACCUACAACGAGAACUUCUCAGAGACACUGUACCCUUUGUUUGGCACGGUGGAGGUGGUCAAAGACCUGCUGAUCAGGCCCGUGGGGGUCCGAGAGCCAUGCCUCUGUCCCGGGCCGUGCCUGUGGAACUGAACCCGUGGCUCACUUCAGACUGGUUCCCACAGAGUCCAGGCUUUGGUUCUGGUCCGUUAGGAUCAGAUGUGCUCGCUGUAAAACUCUGAUUCUUGCUGUGAAGAACUGUCAUUUCUGUACAUUAUACUUUUUGUUUGUGUGUCCUCACAGACACACAACUGUUGGUGUUUGAACAGUUUUCACAGGAAAAGCUCAAAAACAGCUUUGCUCUGUUUUUGUUUCRUUUUCUCACAAUUUCCAUUGAGCUUUGUGGGAUAUUUAGGAAUCAGGGCUGCAACAAAACAGGAAAUUCAUGGUUCGGUUCGAUACUUUAGUCUCACGGUUUGACAUUUUUUCGAUACAAAAA